AUGCCUCCGAUCCUCUUUGUAAAACUUUUGUUUAUAGUGAAGGACAAAACCUAUGUGUUGAUUGUAGCAUCGGGUAGAGUUUAAAAUGCUUAAAUAGGUAUAUUACAGGGUGUGAAAAUUAUAUCUUUGAUGAUUUAACCUAAGUAUGCUAUGACUGCACUUAAGCAAUAGGACAAAUGCGUUGAUUGUUCUCAAGCUGUAAAUUAUAAAUGUGUUAAUAUAGAUGUUCCUGGAUGUUAUAACUAUUCAUAUUCAGCAAAUGAUAUUAGUUGUUUUGAUUGUACUACUCCUACAAGCGAUGGUUCGUGCUUGAAUUAAAACGUAGGAUUUUGUGGAUCUUUUAAUUACAGUCCUAACCUAGGCUUUUGUGUAGAUUGCUCUAUAGCUAUUAACAAAACAUGUGUUUAUUCAAAUGUACCUAGCUGCUCAUCAUUUAAAUAUUAUGAUCCUGAAAAAUAAUGUGUAGACUGCACUCUUGUUGUUCCUGAAAGAUCAAAAUGUAUAUAUAACAAUGUUCCAGGAUGUCCUAAACAUUAUUUUGACAUAGGUUCAUUCACUUGCAUUACUUGUGAUCAUCAAGAUUUCUGGACUGACUCUAAGUGCAAUGCUUGUUUCAAAGAAGCAGGAACAAUAUAAGCAACUCUUGACCAAAAAGGAUGUUAGAUUCCUGAUGAAACAUACUACUCAGUUUUCAAUGAGAAAAACCUAUAUUCAUUUAUGAAUAAAAUUUAAUUCAAUUAGCUUUUAUUAACUAUAAUUGUUUUUAUAUUUUUGGUUUGUUGA